CUAGGUGUAGUUGAUUUGUUUGUUGUGCCUUUGCCUUUCUACCUCAUAGUUUUCACAUGCACGCAUGCGAGGUACAUACACCUUGCACAAACACAUGCAAAGUAUGCCUUGCACAAGAGUAAUAAAGAGUGGGUUGGAACCUCCUACAUUUGCACCAUUAUUCACAUCCCCUUUUCAAUUAUCUGCAGUAACACAGUGAGUAGAUCAGCCAUAUUCUGUGGUGUGGCCACCACCAUUGAGAGGUGUAAGACAGAGGGAGUGGUGGAUGUGUUCCAGGUGGUCAAGGCCAUGAGAGUUCAGAAACCUGGAGCCAUACAAACUUUGGAACAGUAUAAGUCGAUCUUUGAAGCUCUUUUAGCGUAUAUUGACUCAUUCGAAACAUACUCAAAUUUUGCUUCUUAGACGUGUUAUAGCUAUAAGCUCAUGCAACGCAAUUGUUGCCAAGUGUGUAUUAGUUUUAGUUCACUUCAUGAUGUUAUUUAACUCCAGAGAUCCUGGAGUGUUGCAAUGCCUUGCAUGUCAACUGCCGAGGCGCAUGCGCGUGAAAGGCCAGGCCUUGGGGGGCGUGGAUGAAGGGGGCUGGACUAAUAACAAGAUGGGUAGGGGUC